AUGGUUGAACCAACAUCUCCUACCCCAUCUCCAUUUGUUCCAACAAGAACAAUCUCACAACUCCACAGCGGAACUCAGUUUUUAAUUAUUUCGGCUGUUGGAUCAAUAAUAGUCUCAUUAUUUGUCGCAUUUGCUAUGUUCUUAAGAAAGAGGCGAAAAGCAGAAAACACCACUGCAUAUAUUACACCUUUAAUACAUUAA